AUGUUUUGCGCGUGUCCCGCCGAUUACCAGGCCGCCGAACCCAACACCCGCACGUGCCCGGUCUGUCUCGGCCUGCCUGGCGCUUUGCCCGUCAUCAAUCGCCGCGCCGUGGAGUACACCGUGAUGACCGGGUUGGCCCUCCACUGUCGUAUCCCAGGGUUCACCAAGUUCGACCGGAAGAACUACCCCUAUCCCGACCUGGUGAAGGGAUACCAGAUCUCCCAGUACGACCUGCCGCUCGCGGUGAACGGCUAUCUGGAAAUCGACGGCGACCCGGAUUUGGAACAUGGUCGCAGACCCAUUGGUGUCGAGCGCGUGCACCUCGAGGAGGAUGUCUCCAAGAUGCAGCACUUCCCCGACGAUGCCGAGGGCUAUUCGCUGAUCGACGUCAACCGUUCCGGCGUGCCGCUCAUGGAAGUCGACGGCAACUUCCGCUGCGACGCCAACGUCAGCAUCCGCCCCGCCGGCAGUGACACCUUGGGCACCCGCACCGAAGUCAAGAACAUGAACAGCUUCCGUGCCGUCUACCUCGCCCUGGAAUACGAGGUCGAGCGCCAACGGCGCGUGAUCGAGGACGGUGGCGCCGUAGUGCAGGAAACCCGCGGCUGGGUGGAGGAACGGAGCGCAACCGUGUCCCAGCGCAGCAAGGAAUACGCCCACGACUAUCGUUACUUCCCGGAACCCGACCUACCCCCCCUCAAUAUCGGCUCCGAAUGGGUGGACCGGUUGCAGUCGGCGCUCCCCGAAUUCGCCCCCCGGCGCAAGGCCCGCUUCCAGGAGGACUACGAUCUUUCUGAAUACGAUGCCGACCAGCUCACCGCUUCCCGGGCCCUGGCCGACUACUUCGAGGAGACGCUGGCGCUGCGCGCCGCGCCUGAAAGCCGUCCCGCCGCCGCCAAGGAAAUCGCCAACUGGAUGCUGGGCGACCUCUCGUAUCUGCUCAAUCAGGACCACCGUGAUGUCGCUGACUCCCCCGUGACUCCUGGCGGAUUGUCCGAGCUGUUGGGCCUCAUCGCCGACGGUACCCUGUCCACCUCUCUGGCCAAAACCGUGUUGGAGCAGAUGUACUCCACCGGCUCGGCCGCGGUCGACAUCGUGCGGGACCAGGGCCUGGCUCAGAUCAGCGAUACCGGCGCCAUCGAGGCCGCCGUUGCUGAGGCCAUUGCCGCCAACCCCAAGGCGGUCGCCGAUUACCUCAGCGGCAAGGAAACCGCCGCGCGCUUCCUCAUGGGCCAGGUCAUGCGUCUCACCAAGGGCCAGGCGCAGCCCGAACUGGCCCUGCAACUCGUCCAAGCCGGGCUCGAGGCUCAAAAGCCCUAG